GGGCACGGCUUUGGCAACAUUACGGAAAAUCAGUUUGUGUUUGGAUCGCGUCGCGAAGAGUUCGUUCAGCGCUGCUGAGUGUGUUGGCUAAAAGCGAUUUGGUCAACUUUGUUUUGUGUGCAAUGCAAUCACAAUCAUAACAAUCACUAUAAGCCAAAGAAUUCGGAGUGCAUAUUUAACCCCCAAGAAAAAGGAUAAAGUGCGUGCUUAACUAGCAUUAAUUAUGUGAAAACAAUAGCAAUAGCAAAAUGCUUACUGUGAUUUAAAACUUACGAGUCGCAUUAAGAAAAGGGGUUUUAUGGAGCAAAGAACAAAGGAAAAGUUGCACGAAAAAUUCAGGCAAGAACGUUUAUGGCACAUCGCAGAUAUACGCAAAUUUAUGGCUGAAAAAAAAAAGAUAAAACUGCAUACAAUAAAUCAGAAACUCUAACGAAAGACACUCCGGUUAAACAGGGAAAUUAAAUAUGGAAUUCCGAGUGAAGUGAACGUUAAUUAUAUGAUUUCUGUGGAAGUGUUAUGUUGCUCUGAGAAGUUAAAAAUACAUCAAUUGACUUGAUAAAACUAUUGUUGUACAAAAUGUGGAUAAAACUUUAUGGGAUAUACUACGUGAUCUGGUCUCUGUGCUGGCUUAAAAAUGCCUCAUUUGGCGCCAUACUGGACUCACGUUGUUAUCUCGAGGGCGGUGGUUCAGCGGAAAGUUUCCUAGCCACCGAAGAUCUGGCGGUGGGCUCUAUAAUUGGAAAGUUAAGGAUAAAUGGAGAUCCCACUGCCGAGACGGGAGAUAUCAACCUGUCGCUGAGGGAGAAGAACGCCCCAGUUGAGAUUGUGGCCGGCACAAAGGAGCUGGCCCUGUCAGUGGAACUGGAUAAGGAGGGUCUGAGGGGUCCCUCGUCCAUCUACGUUAAUGUUAUCUGUAUAAGGCGGCACUCAACGGAUCCGAGCUUCGUCGUCCCUGUGAAUGUCCGCGUUACUGAUGUGAAUGAUAAUGCUCCCCAGUGGAUUGGCACUCCGUACACGCUGACCUUGUCGGAGGUGACCGUGCCUGGGACGCGAAUACUGCAAGGAGCUCGGGCCGAAGAUGCUGAUCAGCCGGGACCCUUCUCCACCGUGGAGUACCAGGUGCUGCCUGGUCCGUACUCGGAGUUUGUUCAGUUCCUAAAUCCCCUCGAAGGCACCCUGGUGCUGAAGAAGGCCCUCGACUAUGAGCAGCUGCAGAACUUUACCGUCAAGUUGCGGGCCCAGGAUCAGGGCACACCGCCACGCCACUCGGAUACUUUGCUCCGGGUGGUGAUCACAGACGCAGAUGAUCAGAAUCCAAGAUUUCAGCGGGAAUCCUAUACAGCGGAGCUGCCAGUGGAUGGAAGGCCCGGAGAGCUGCGCAUGCGUCCGGAGCCACUGAAGGCAGUGGAUCAGGAUGAAGGCAUCUGUGCGCCGAUCCAGUAUACGAUAGUUCAAUCCCAGGAUGCCAAAUACUUCCGGAUUCAUCCACACAACGGGGCGAUUAGCCUGCUGACUCCCAUCGGUUAUGCGGACGUGGCCAAUGGCGCCACUCUGGUGGUGAAGGCCACCCAGAUCGAUAACCCCGAUCGCUAUGCUCUAACCACCGUCCAGUUGACGCGGCCUGGUAGUCACAGUGACCUCAGCACCCUGGCCUUUGUCCAAAAGAGGUUUGUGAUGCGCAUUCGCGAGGACACGGCUGUGGGAAACCGGAUACUAGCCUUGCCGACCAACAAACCGGGCAAACAUUUAAAGUACACCAUUCCGGAUCCUGUAAACUCUCAGUUCUUCAGCGUGGGAUCUCUGGGGGAACUGGUCCUGGCCAAGCCACUCGACUACGAGAAGAUGACCAAACAUGAGUUCCAGGUUAUGGCCACCGAUGGAAUGACCAAUAGCACCGCUGAGCUCACGCUGGAUGUGAUCGACGUCAAUGAUUGGGAGCCGCGAUUCAGGGAGACACACUAUGAGUUCAUGGUGCCCAAGAGCCAGUCCCUACAGUCCCGAGCGGAUUCCUUCGAGGGCGUACUCAUCGGCAAGGUGGAGGCGGCGGAUGGCGAUCGCAACGAUAAGUUGGAGCUCUCACUGCGGGGCCAGCAUGCUGGCUUAUUCGAGAUCGAUGCCAGCGGCAAUAUCUUCAUGCGUCCGGAGCAGCUGCAGAGCCUUAACGAGUCUACGGUUCACUUGAUUGCCAUUGCCACGGACACGGGUGUGCCGCCCAGGAGCACCUCAGUCCCAGUAAGCGUGACUAUGGAGGGUCUGACCCUGGCCCAGUCCGGUUGGAAUAGCAGCAUGCUGGGCAUGUUCGGUAUGAUAGUGGGCCUCUUCCUAAUGAUCAUUGUGGCGCUCAGCUGCUACAUUGUGCGGUCCAAGAAGCAGGGCAAGAGUGCCUCCAGCGGUCUGGGUCUUGGCCGAAAUCGUGUGCACAGCCAGGCGCACAGCAGCGUGUCCUCGGCCAAUCUGGUCACCCACGAGAAGCUGGCCGGGAAUGGCAAUGGCAACGGCGCCAGCGUGACCAGCGGUGGAGUUUCCGUGCUGCACAUGAAACACGGCGGCAAUAUCACCAUGGCCAAUCCAAUGAACAAUGGCCUGCAUCAUGUGGCCAGUGGAGCCAGCAGUAGCAUGGCUCUCGGCAGCUCCGCCGCACUGCUGGAGAGGGAACGAGAGCGCGAGCGGGAUCGAGAGCGACAACGGGAGAGCUAUGCGGCCACAGUGCGCAGCAUCGUUUCGCGCGCCUCUGCCAACGGUCAGCUCUUCGAGGAGGAGGACGAGAUCGAGCACGACUCGCUGCAGACGGAUAAUAACAACCGGAAGGUGGCGGUUACCGGAGCGAUAAGUGGCGGCGGGGUCACCACCAUCACGACCACGUCGGCCAAUGCCAACGGCUCAAAUCUUCUAUCUGCCACCGAUGCCAUGGGCUCCUCGGAGAACAACUUGACGGUCUACUUCUAGAGCUGUGACAGUCAGCUAUCUGCUCGCGGAGUGCUUGUAAAUAUCGCUGCUAAGUCAGUUUAGGAUUAGGUUUAGGACCCCGCCCCCCCCGCGCACACGUGUAUUGUACAUUGAGUAGACCAAAUAUAGCAUUGUAAACAGAACCCAGCACACACCUUUGAUGAUCUAGGCUAAGUCCGAGCGAUUUCCAUUGUAAAGUUUUGCUUCCCCGAUUUUAUGUGGAUCGAUCCGAGUGCGUCCAAUAAAGUUUUCGAAU